CUUCCCAUAGAGGACGCACUUCAGAUUUCUGCAGCCGAAACGUACACAGUGACGUGAUCAUCCCCAUGACCCGGAAGUUCUGCAGCUAUUUCUUGACACGUAGUUAGCGGUGUUGGCGGACUCUCGGGCGAUUAACGGCUGCUUGCAAUGUCAGGGUUUGACAACCUCAACACAGACUUUUACCAGUCUAGUUACAGUGUAGAUGACCAGAACCAAGCAGGAUAUGGCUACAGCAACACAGAUGACCCGUACAGCAAACCGUAUGGACAGUAUGAUUACUCCCAGCCGAUGGGCUACUCGGCACCUCCGGGAAUGAUGCAGCCCCAGCAGCCGUACACGGGGCAGAUCUUCCAGCCCACGCCAGCGUUUACACCCGCCUCCCCUCAAUCCAUGUACACUAGCAGCUUUGAGGACGAGCCCCCGUUGCUGGAGGAGCUGGGGAUCAACUUUGACCACAUCUGGCAGAAAACUCUGACUGUGCUGCACCCGUUGAAGGCAGCAGAUGGCAGUAUAAUGAAUGAAACGGAUCUGGCUGGUCCCAUGGUGUUCUGUUUGGCCUUUGGGGCGACGUUACUCUUGACGGGUAAGAUCCAGUUCGGUUACGUGUACGGUAUCAGUGCCAUCGGGUGCCUCGGCAUGUACUGCCUGCUCAACCUCAUGAGCAUGACGGGGGUUUCAUUUGGGUGUGUCGCUAGUGUUCUCGGGUACUGCCUGCUCCCCAUGAUCAUCUUGUCCAGUUUUGGGGUCCUCAUCUCCUUACAGGGUAUGAUGGGUAUCAUUUUAACAGCCGCCAUCAUUGGUUGGUGUAGUUUUUCGGCUUCUAAGAUCUUCAUCUCUGCUUUGGCCAUGGACGGGCAGCAGCUGCUGGUGGCGUAUCCCUGCGCCCUGCUGUAUGGAGUCUUUGCCCUCAUCUCUGUUUUUUGAACUCUCAGCCUCUUUUAAUGGACAAAAUGACCUCCAAUACGCAACACCUUUUAUUUGAGGACUGCUUUUGAUAACACCCACCACACACCUGCUCACCGAGUGUGUCCAGUGUUUAUCAUUGUUCUGUGAGAAUGUGGCAUUAAUUUCUUCUGCUUUAUUCUUACCUGCCCACCUACUCUGAGAAAUGUUCUUGCUUGCAUAAUGCAGGUUAAAACUCGUUCUUUUUCUUUAAUGCGUUCACUGAAUUCUUUUGUUCAAAGCCAGAAAAUGAAGUGUGUUUAUCGAAGAGAAGAAUGUGUAAUCGAUGCAAAGGGCACAACUCUCCUCCUACACAACAAUGCUUUUCCCUCCAGAACAGAGUUUGCAAAGUACAGUAGUAAUUUUCUUUCUUGGAAUUGUUUUCUUUUACAUUCCUGAAAUGCUGUCGAUUUAUUCUGCCUGUGUUCAUUCAUACACUUGGGUCAGUGAGAGUGCCUACAUGUUCAAAGACAUUUUCACACCAUUUCCAUCAUGUACUUGGCAAAUUAAAUAGAACGAACAAAAAAAAAAAUCACUCUUUUGUGCAUCUUUUGCAAGCCGAUUUAAAGGAAUAGUUUGGCCAUAAAUAAAAAUGCUUUCAUUUACUCACCUACAUAUGGUUCAAACCUGUAUGACUUUCUUUUAUGAAUCAUAUAAGGAUAAUGUCUGAAGAAUUUCACUGGUUGUUCAACUACCCCAUUCAUUGUAUUUGGAUGGAAAAAAGCAUGUAAAACUUUGUGUAUUCCAUUGGAGAAAGUAAGUCAUACUUGUUUGAAAUGAGUAAUUGAUGGUGAAAUUUGUGAACUUUCCCUUUAAGACUUUAUUUCAGACUGCUGCAGGUUUUAAAGUAUAUUAUGUGUUUCCAAAUGCAUUUCACCCACUAACACAAUCUCAUGUCUGCAGAUUACAGGUGAACUCCAGCUGAAUUUUGUUUCCAUUUCUGAUUUAUUUUCUUCCACACAUUUAUCUUUUGAGCCAAGGUUUAGCACCAUUCCAAAUAACUCUUAAAGCUUAAAGAGUCAAAUUUACAGAGCAAAUCUUUCUGAAUAUCUAUAGGCUCUUUGUUCAUUUUAAGGGGCCACGACUUGUCCUCUCAGAUGGAUGGGUAUAUUUAUAUACAAUGUAACUUUGUUUUGUAUGUCCAGAAGAGUACAAAUGUUUAUAUCAAUCCUGUCUUGUGGAAAAUCCGUGGCCAACUGGUAGGGUGUUACACUUGUGCUGUUUCACAGGCUGUUUUAAUUAAAUAAAAGUACAACUUUUGUUUGAA